CCUUGCGAGGAAAUGGUGCAAGAAAAGUAAACGAGGACAAAUAUAGAAGCCUUCUGUUGCUGAAGCGUCUCUUUAAAAUUACUUGAGUGAGUUCAAUAACUGAUGACAUUCAUUGAAUUCAACAACCUUACCAACAGUAAUCAAAAAGAUAAAUUUAGCAUUUUUUGGAAUCAGUUAUUGUAAAGGGGGGGGCGGUUAGUGGAGGAUAAUUUACUGGAGGCCUACGUCACGCACUACAACAAAUAUUACUUCCGCAUAGGAAGCACCUGUGGCUGCGUCCGAAACCGCAUAAUUACCUACUACAUAGUAGGCGAAAAGCAGUACGGCAGAAGGGAAGUAUGUCCGAAUUCUCAGUAGGCGAGAAAUGCCCGGAGCAGCAGCGCCCCUAUCGGUGGACCCAAAUGUUGGUGUGUUGCUUAGGGACAAAAAGCGAAACAUUGCGGCAUUUCUGUUCAGGACAUUCACAGUCGAGAGGGGAAACGUUAUUUUAACAAAUCAGGAGCAGCAGCGCCCCUAUCGGUGGACCCAAAUGUUGGUGUGUUGCUUAGGGACAAAAAGCGAAACAUUGCGGCAUUUCUGUUCAGGACAUUCACAGUCGAGAGGGGAAAACGUGCACAGAAAAAAAGACACAAAGUUGAUCAGCACAUUUUAUCGUUGCAAUGGAGGAUUCAGUAAUGCAGCAGCACCUGCACCACUACAAACAGGCCACAGAGUCUGCUCGAGAGGAGCUCGCAGCCCUCCAGGCCAAAUAUCAAACUAUCCACUUAAAGCUGGUGGAUUGUCAGUCCAAGCUUUCCUCUCAGGAAACUACUUUGAAAGACCUGAGAGAGGCAAGUGACCGGCACAAAGAGACUGAGGCCAGACAGGCAUCUCUCAUCAAUUCCCUCAGAGAACACAUUCACAACACAGAACAAGAAAUGAUGUCUAUUGCCUCCUCUAAAAACAUUACAGAUAUGAAAUUACUAGCACUUACCAAGGAGAAUGAAGAUUUGAAGGAAAGAGCAUUACAAAUGGAGAUUCAGUCCAAGGAGUAUCUUAAAGAAUGGAACAAAACAAAGCAAGAGGCAAACGAUUUGCAGAGGAAGUAUGAGGACUUUUUAUCCAGACUAGCCAGCAAGCUGUCUGUUGAUUUGGCUGGGAAUGAUAAACCCAUGGAGACUGUUGUCUCUUUGGUGGAAUUGUGCUGCAUGGAGAGAGAUAGACAGAAGACACAGAUAUGUGCACUAGAGGAAAGUGCGAAAUCUCAUGACGUGGAGAGUAAAGCCAGCAGGGAAACAAUUAGAAGACUAGUGGCCGACGUGGACCAUGAGCAGAAAGUCUCAGCUAUCCGAGCAAGUGAGCUGAACUCUAUUAGACAGGAACUUGAUUGCAUUCUGCUAAAGAAACAGGGCUUGGAAGUAGACAAUAAGAGCCUGAGGAGCAAGCUGCAGGAAAGUGAACUUGCUCUGGUUGCUGCUAGGGACGAGUGUAGGCCUUAUGAGAAGCGUUCUCAGGAUCUGGAGCAAAGACUCCUUAGGAGCCAAAACGAGGCACAGGCACUACACAGUCGCAUGGAGUCUUUUUUGAAAGAAGUGCAAGUUAUGCUUGGAAAUGAGCCUGCCAUUUCUCUGCCUAAAGAAGAACAUGUUCUGGAGAGACUCAGAGAAGUCUGCAGAAGAGAGAAGAGCAGCACUGAGUCUGUUACAGAGAUGGAGUCCAGACUGGCUGCACUGUUACAGGAACUUGGCAGGCAGUCAGAGCUGCGCAGAGCAGCAGAACAAAGGGAGCAGCAGCUCCAGAACAAGAUGCAAACACUGGAGUCAGAGCUGUUCACCGCAGGAGUGAGCAAAGAUGAGCAGAGUCAUGACAAACAACAAUACUUGCAAUUUCUGGAGCAUCUUUCAGAGAAAAUGAGAAUUGAGCACAUAACCACAGAUCUGGGCUUUGACAUGCGACUUGAGGCCAUACUGAUACGUGCAGAACAACUGACGAGACAGGAGGGAACAGCUUUAGUGGAAACCAAGAGUCUGGUUUACAAUCUUCAAAAAAAGUUCAAGGAGCAGAAGCAGCGCCUAGAGAGUAAGGAACUGCACAUGGAUCUGCUACGUAGGAAGGUGGCCCAGCUGGAUGAAGAGAAGAGGAGUCGUUCAGCUCUGGCUGUGGAGAGGGAUGAUGUUACACUGGCCAGCAGGAAGCUGCAGAAGAAGGUGGAGCGGCUUCAGGCUGAGCUUAAUGCCAUGCGGCUCUCUACCACUGACCUGAAGGCCCAGCUCUCACACACCAAUGAGCUCAAGAUCAGAGUGAUGGAACAGAACAGAACCAUUGAAGAUCAGACUAAAAGUCUGGGAAAACUGGAGAAGAACAAAGUGAAAGUGGAGAGGAGACUUGCAACAGCAAAGACGGAGCUCCAGAAUGAGGCACACAGAGCCAGGGAUGAACUACAGCAAGCACAGAGACUGCUCCACAGUCAGGCCAGUGCCAUGGCAGAGCUCGCUCACAGAGAGAAGAAGCUGAUGGAUUUCUGUACUGUCAUCGCUCAGAUGUUAGGGGUGAACAUGUCAGGCUCCGUUCCCAGCUGUGAGGUUAUCAAGAGGCUGGAGGUUCUUAUUCAUUCAGGUUAUCACUUUCCCCUGGCCAACCAAUGUGUAGUGCCACAUCAUCAGCACCACAUGGCACUGACCACAGAUGCCCCUUCAUGCUCCAUCAUUACAGCAGCCUCUCCAGGGCCUGAAGUACCAGUGCAGCCUCCAUUGCCCACUACAACUACAACCUGAGCAACAUUGCAGCAAUCAUGUAUAGUAUUUACCACAUGCUGCAGUAGGUAUGAUUUAAGAACACUUGUAAUUAACCAGGUUAAAUGUGGUGCACAUUGUAAAUGAAUAAAUUAAAAUAUUGUUCUGCCGAUUCAAUUAUUUUAAUAAAAGAUUAUUAUUCUUCCAUUGUGAUAUUUGCAUACACAGCAAAAUCACAGUGUUGAUUUAACACCCACAGUGUUGAAUUUACACGCUACAGUGUUUAUAUAAGUCCAUGGGACUCAAAUAAACACUCUGGGUGUUAAUUCAACACUAGGGAUUUUACUGUGUAUCGUACAUCAGUGGUUUCAAAGUGGGGGCCGCCAGGGGGGCCCUCAACAAUUUAGUGUGCCCAUCCCUCCCACUAGUAUGUUUUCUCUUUCUUACUCUCAGACAACCACACAGACAUGUCAAAUGUAAUUAUUAAUAAAAAUGGGGGAUAUAUUCAGAAGUGUGCAUUUUUAAUGUGUUUUAAAGACAUCUUGCAAAAGGGGGCCCUCGGUCAAAUGAUAAUGCCAUUUGGGGGGGCCUUGCCCUGGAAAAGUUUGGGAACCCCUGUCAUACAUGAUAU